AUGAAGGAAGUAACUGUCGCAAAGGGUCUCAAGACCGCGAUCCAGGACGUCGCGAUCCCAGAGCCGCAGCCCGACCAGGUGAUCAUCCAGGUCGUAGUUUCUGGCAGCAACCCCAAGGACUGGAAGAUCCCCGAGCUCGUCCCAGGCUACAACGCCAACAGCGGCGACGACAUCGCCGGCAUCGUCCACAGCGUCGGCUCGAAUGUCUGGGAAUUCAAAAAGGGCGACCGCGUCGCCAGUUUCCACGAGAUGAUGACCCCUGGAGGAAGCUUCGCCGAGUAUGCUGUUGGCUGGCAACACACGACUUUCCACCUGCCCAAGCAUCUGAGCUUUGAGGAGGCGGCGACUAUCCCCCUCGCUGCCAUGACGGCAGCGCUCGGUAUGCACCAGCGCCUCGGCCUCCCCGAUCCCUGGACACCUGCGACAGAACCCACACCGCUGGUCGUAUACGGCGGCGCGGCUGCAGUCGGCGCGUACGCAAUCAAGUUCGCCAACCUCGCCAACAUCCACCCGAUCAUCGCCGUCGCCGGGCGGGGCGAGAAGUUCGUCGAAGGCCUGAUCGACCGAAGCAAAGGCGACACCAUCGUUGACUACCGCAAGGGCAACGAGGCGGUCGUGCAAGGCAUCAAGGACGCGCUGAAGGGCCAGAAGCUCUGGCAUGCAUUCGACGCUACCUCCGAGCACGGGUCAUACACCAACAUCACCCAGGUGCUGGAGCCCACGGGUCAUCUGACGGUGGUGCUGCCGACCAAGACGUACGAGGGUGUCCCUGAGUCCGUCAAGCUUACGAGGACACAAGUUGGUGAGAGUCACAGGAGCGACAAGGACUACGCAUAUCUCAUGUUCCGAUACAUGGCGCGCGGGCUCGCCGAGGGCUUCUUCACGCCGCACCCGUACGAGGUCAUUCCUGGCGGACUUGAGGGCGUACAGAAGGGGCUUGAGAAUCUGCGAGACGGGAAGGCGAGCGGUGUGAAGUACGUGUUCAGGAUCGGAGAGACAAAGGGCAUCAAGAGCGCCCUGUAG